AAGCAGAAAGAAGUGUGAUCUCAAUCUCAAAAAGUUUUAAGCGUCUGAUUAACGUAGAUGUUCCAUAUUCCCGUGUGUGCAGAUGCUGACCAUGCUUACUACUCAAGGAAGAUGACGAGAAAUUACUAAGUUUUGCAGACAUAAUGGCAUCAAAUGGAGGUUUGGACAGCUGGAAUCCCAUGCAGGAUGACCAUCUGGACCAGGAGUUUAACAUGUACGACAGGGGCCCUGGUAAAGACAUGCCCAAGAGAGGAGCCGACCGAUACGGUGGUGUUACUCUAUAUGUCACUGGGAUUCCCAAUGAAUUUACAGAGGAAGGACUCAUGAACACUUUUAGUAAAGUUGGGAAAUGUGUAGAAGUCAAGAAGAUGAAGUCCAAAGUUGAAGGCUUGGGAUACACUUACGGAUUUGUAAAGAUGGCAACAGUCACUGAUUGCGAAAAGGCGAUUCGUGAGUACCAUGAAUUUUCCAUCGGCAACUUCAAUCUGCGUGUGAAAUUUGCUAGAACAGACGAAGAGCGAAAUCGUCAAGCUAAACAGAAUCAGGAGGAGGCAGAGUUCUUGGGUUCUCUGGGCAGUCACAGGAGGUCCAAUACACACAGCAAAGCCAGCUCAGGCUCCGAGUCGGACGGAGGCUCGCACAUCAUGAGUAGAUCAGGAGAAAAGAUUAUGUUUGGAGGAAAGAAACGAUUUGAUGACGGCCCACCAACUCUCCAGCAAGCUCCAUUAAAGAGACCCGGAGAGCAGAUAAAGGGAGAUGACGAAGAAGCCCCAGGUGCCCAGGGCCAGGUUUCUCCGGCGGUGUCCUGUGGAAGAUCGGAAGCCUCCACCACUAUUGACCCCUCUCUUUUUCAUUCUCCAGGAGGCAGUCAGCUUAGCAUGCGAUUUCAUUCUAUGGGCCGCGGUCGGGACAUCAGCCCCAAACAAAAUGGCGGAGGCCUUCUAGGAAUUGGGCCUCAGGAUUUCUACCCUCCCGAUCAGCACCCUGGAUACGCGGGAGAUGCCCCUAUGAGAAUUACAUCCAAUGGAGAUCAUCGUUACGUGCAGGGGCGCAAUGAAAUGGGAGGCCAUUUUAGGGGAAAUUUCAGGGGAAGGGGAAACAUGGGGUACAAUAACAUGGGAAGAGGGAAUAUGGGAUUCAAUAGCAUGGGAAGAGAAAAUAUGGGAUUCAACACUAUGGGAAGAGGAAAUAUGGGAUUCAACAACAGAGGAAGAGGCUACAUGACCCAUGAUGGUAUGGGAAGAGGGUAUAUUGGAAGGGGGAGGGGAAAUAUGGAAUAUGGGAGAGGGGGGUAUGGCCACUAUGACAUGAAUUACCAGCAGCCAUGGGGGUACAGGAACAACAUAGAAGGUCCCUAUCAGGGAGGAUACAGGGAGGAAUGGCACAUGAACAACCCCUACCAGAAGCAGGGCUACAGAGGGGGGAGGGGCAGGUCCCCCAGGGGAGGCAGAGGUGGUCAGACAGUAAAACCAGCGAGUGAAAUAACAGCGCGCCCAUGUGCCAGAUGUAAGACUACAGGAAGCCUACAGUGCAGUCGUUGUAAGACGCCCUACUGUUCUCCCGAGUGUCAGAAGGAACACUGGCCGGAGCACCGCCCCCACUGUCUGGAUAUAGCGAAAAAGCUGGAAGAAGAUGAAUUUGAGAGCAGAUUUGAAGUGGACAUAGGAGAUGAUGCUGCAUCAAAGGAGAUGAAGGCUUAUGCCAGAACUAUUGUACAAGAGCAGUACAGUAAACAGAGUGCUCAGCAGAUGUCUCCCCAGGUCAGCCAGCAGACCAAUGGCCCCAGUCAGGUAUCCCCAGGGGUCAGGAGGGACCAAACAAGAUCCCAGGGGGUCAGGCCACAGUCAAGUCAGGCAUCCCCUGGGGUGAGACAGAGUCAGCCCUCACCCCAACAAAGCAGCAAGGAGUCCUUUGUACCCCCCAAGUCCAGCCCUGCCCCCAGUUCCUCUGUUCCUCCAUCAAGGGUCCGCUCCAGUCCACCUACUGAAUCACAGAGAUUGAAUUCUUCUUGGAUGGCCAAAAUCACAAUGAAGCAGUUAGAAGUUGGACAGGAGUCACAGCUUGUACUGGUGGACAUCGAUGACCCGGGCAGAAUCAUCUUCCAGUUCCCUGUUAUGGAGGACAUGCAGGCUCUACAGGACAACGAUGCCAGGAUGAAAAAGGUGUUAGACAGAGACCACACCAGCGUGUCGGCCCCAGCUGUCGGGGAGUUCUACGCCGGUCAGUUUGUGGACGGCAGCUGGUACCGCUGUCGAGUGGAUGCUUGUGACCUUGACCGGAAUGUGACCGUUACCUACAUAGACUACGGCAACAAGGAGAUGGUGCCCUGCAGCAAGCUUAGGAAGCUGAGACCUGAGUGGUGCUCUCUACCUGGACAGGCUGUUAUAGUAGCGUUGGAUGGGGUGGGGCCACAGAUGGACAGUCAGUUCUGGAGUCAGCAGGCGGUGGACCGAGUCAAGGAGCUGCUGCCCCCCACACAGAUUAGUAUGAAGAUGUACCAGGUUACGUGUACCGCCAGGGACGGGGACAGGACGCUGGUCAAAGUGCUGGACGCUAAUGGUCAGGAUGUUGGUGAGACACUGAUAAAUUCAGGGCUUGCAGCAAAGACAACACCACAGACAACGACAACGCCACAGACCAGAGGGCCUCAGUUCAUAGACGUAGAUGCCAAAGAACUAGCUAGCCUGUGUGAGGGGUGGACGGUGGGGGAGAGGUACCUGGUGCUCAUCACAGAGAGGGAAGGUCCCCAAAAUCUCCACGCCCAGGGGCUGCAAGCCAUCGACUUGUUCGCCCAGUUCUUUAAUGAGGUGCAGGAGGAGUGUUCUGCUAUGCAGAUGGAGUUCUAUCGACCAAAGAGGGUCGGGGAGCUGGUCUAUGGACUAUAUGACAACAACUGGUAUCGAGCCGAAGUCCUUAGUCUGUCUGGUCAAGCAGCCAAAGUCUUCUUCAUUGACUACGGCAACUGUGAAUUGGUUCCUUUUAAAAACCUUCGGCAGGCGACCAGUCUUUGCCAGAAACAGCCUGUGUUCUGUGUUCCCUGUCAGCAGGUGGGCCUGGAUGCUGGGACGGCUAACGACAAAGUCGAGGAGAUAUUUAAUCAACUGACCUACAAAGACAAUCCAAGGGAGCUCAGUCUUGUUUACAAAGGCAGAAAGGAAGGGAAGGCAGUGGUGGACUUUCUGAGUGAUCAAGGAGAAUUAGUUUCUGUGUUGAUCCCCAAGAUUGCGACUCCGACCCGAGUGAUGGCGGGGGAUAUUGAGUCUCUGACCUUUCCAGAAGAUGGAACUCCUGCUUCCUGUGUUAUGAUGUCUAUAAAUUCUAUGGCCUCUUUCUACGUCUACCGCGGGACAGAUCUUGAGAAGGUUAUGAAAGAAGUUGCGGAGAUCUGUGCCAAAGAUCAAUCUGCAUACGACCCAACUGUUGGUGAGAUGGUCCUGGGCCAGUUUUCUGAAGAUAAGAGUUGGUACAGGGCGAAAGUCCUGGAUGUAUCAGGAGAUGAAGUUAUGCUGCUGUACACAGACUUUGGCAAUAAGGAGAAGGUAGGCAAAGAUGCUAUACGAAGAUUUGAUCCAGCUCUGUCCAAAUAUCCCCAUCAGAGUGUCCACUGCAAAAUGGCUUCCGUGACCAAGUCCAUGGAAACACCAGACCUACUGCAAGUAUUCGCAAGCUUGUACAAUCAGCCAGUGCAGAUCAAACUGAAGGGUUCCAAUAAUACCGACCCAGUGGAAGUCGAGGUUGUUAUGGAGGAUGGCAGCAGUGUUAACCAGACCAUUGUAGAGUUGUUUCCUGAUGAAGCAACCUCAGCAGCUAGUUCUACCAACCAGGCUGCUGCUUCUGCUACAAGCUCAGCCGCUUCUUCAUCAGGUACAGCAGCUACUUCCCCGGUUACCACUGGGUCUACUUCUACAGUCAGCAGGCUGCAGUUUCAGAAAGCUGCUGUUCCUUUGGAUGGGAGUCAGCUACAGUGCUCCAUAAUUGAAUUUACUAGUCUGAAUUCUUUCCAUUUGCAAAUAAUCAGGAAAGGAGAAAUCGAAGUUUUGAUGACUCAACUUGAAAAAGUUGGUGAAGUUAAAACACCAUACCAACCUGAAGUAGGUGAUGAUGUGUGUGCCAUAUAUUCUCUUGAUUCACUGUGGUAUAGGGCUCGAGUGUUAAAACAGUUAGAUGGCAACUCUUAUUUGGUUUAUUUCGUGGACUUUGGAAAUUCUGAAAAUGUUGCUGUCAGUGAAAUUCGUAAAUUGAAGCCAGAGUAUGUGAAGCUGCCAUGUCUAGCUGUUCACUGCAGACUGUCCGCACCGGGGCCUCUCUCAGAGGAUCUGAAUCCAAAGUUUGGGGAGCUUGCCAUGGGAGGAACACUAUCGUUUCAAGCUGUAUCGCAGGAGGAUGACAUGUACAGUGUUAAGAUGUUCAGAGAUGAUGGUGUCUGUAUCAAUGACGCUCUGUUAGGCACUAGCUCGUUUUCUACACCACCUCCUGUGGCGGCAGCAACAACAAAUGCAGGAGAAGUGGCUAAGAGUCAAGCUGCUGCCAAGUCUGAGCCAGUGGCCGCUGGGAAGAGGAAGAUCCUGGAGUUUGACAUGCCUAUGGAUGGAAGGAAGCUUCCAUUUCUGAUCACUAACAUAUUCAGUCUGGGCUCCUUCCAUGCACAUUACUACACAGAGGAGAGCCGGGAAAGGUUCACCGCCUUCCUAGAACAGAUCAGUGUUUACUGUGCGGGGAUCCCUGAGCCGUACAGCCCAGCGGUCGGGGAGGAAGUGUGUUGUCAAUUCUCUGCCACUGAACAAUGGUUGAGAGCUCAGGUACUGCAGGUUGAGGGUGAUACAUACGACGUACAAUUUGUGGACUAUGGGAAUAUUGUCAAAGUGCAGAAGGAGGAGAUUCGCAAACUAGAUGACUCUUUCACCCUCAUGCCAAAGCAAGCCAUUCAUUGUUCCUUAUCCAGCUCCAUUGAUCUUAAUUCACCUAACCUCAUUGAAAAGUUUGAAGAAAUGGUGAGAAAUAGUAUUAGCUUCAUUGUGGCUGUGAAGAAAGAGAGUGAUUUGUAUGAGGUGAAGAUAUCCACUGAGGAAGUGGAGGAUAUCACAGAGAGGUUGAGAGAAUUGCCGGCCGGUUUUGUGCCGCGUGUCUUAACGGUGAAUGGACCCAGGGAACCCUGUGUGUUUGUGGACAUGGACAGCUUCAGUUCUUUCUAUGUACAACUAGUGGGGCCUCCUUACAAGGAGGCGCUUACUGACCUUGAAACAAAACUCGAAACUUUCUGUCAGACGCCAUACAUCCCAUACAAGGCUCGAGAUAACGAACUUGUCUUGACCAAAUUCGCAGUGGAUGGGAAGUGGUACCGAGCUAGAGUGCUGGAAGUGAUGGACGAGUCGGUGUACAGGGUGUUGUUUAUUGACUUUGGAAACAAGGACCUGGUAGAGGGAGGGGUUCUCCGGGAGAUCGACCCCACCUUCCUGUCCGUGCCUAAUUCUGGGAUCCACUGUAAACUGGCGGGGCUGGGAGAGAGUGAACCGGUGGCAGCUCUACAGCGGUUUGCUGAACUCACCGCAAACAACCUGUUACAGAUGGAGGUGGUGGCGGUGGAGGGUGAGCUGCAUGAGGUGGUUCUGUUUAAUCAGGACGGUGAGAAUAUCAAUGAACAAGUACUCCAGACCAUCCAACAGUGUGAACUCUCCACUGGAAGUCCGUCGCUUGAACAGAAUACUCAGGAGGCCGUGCCGAUCAAAGACACACCACAAUGUGCGGUGACACCAACUGCGACAGAGGUAGGAGCCGGUAGUGACUCGGCGCCAAUGGUUCAGAGCUCCAACAUCCGCCUGAGGGACAUGGCCCAUGUGACACCACCCAGGGAGGAGUUUAGUGUGGUCAUCACCUCUAUAGAUUCCCCCGACGAGUUCUUCUGUCAGAUGGCCGAUCAACAAGCUUUUGCUAGCCUGGCCCUGAUGAUGGAGUCAAUGAUGCUGUACUGCGAGACAGAACCUAGUGAUCCUGGCCAGAAGUACAUUGUGGGGGACAUGUGUUGUGCCUUCUACAACUGCUCCUCCUCAGACGGGGGCUGGUACAGGAGUGUGGUGACGGAGACCUUCCCCAACGGGUCUUACAAUGUGCAGUAUGUAGACUUUGGGAACCGAGCCAUACUUCCCGGGGAACAGCUCCGACCAAUGAAGCCCGACUUUACAGAGCUCCCAAUUCUAGCCUUUAAAUGUGCCCUCCAUGGCGUCAUAGCUCCUCAAGGAUCCUGGUCAAAUGCAGCCUCAGAGAAACUAGGUCAGUUCCUGAACCAGCCCCUUGACGCCUGCCUACGUGACCGGCGGGGGGAUACGUUGGUGCUCCAGCUCACCCAGAAGGUACAGGAGGAGGCGGGGGUGAGGGAGGUAGAUGUGGGGGAGUACCUGGUCAAUGCCGGGGUGGCAGAGUCAGAGUCCAACACAGCUGAUGAGGCUGCCUUGAUUCAACAGCAGAUAGCAGCUCUACAGGCCAAACUAAAGCAACUUAAUCCCCAGACCUGAAAGACUUGGUCAAGAGACUCAAAAAAAGACAAAGUAUCAGGGAGUCCAAUCCAAAAACAGCUGAUGGACUCGUCUUCUUUUUCCUUAAAAGUUUGACACAAACAGAUUUGUUGAGGGAUGUAGGUUUUUAAAGUUUGAUACAAUGAAUUUUUGUGUCAACAUCAAUAUGGUUACAGAUUCUCGAGCUCUGCAAGGUUCUCUCAUAAGAAAAGUUGCUCAGGAUGUGAAGGCUGCCAAGGUCUUUGUCCGACUUAAAUCUGCAGUUUGAAGUGUGAUGUUAUUCUUUUUUUCCACCAGAUAUCUUUUUGUCUGACUGUUUGGAUGGCUUUAUCAUAGUACAUGUACUUCUGUUCAGAAAGGAGUUUUUAAAAACUUGUUUUAAUGGUCCUAUAAAUGAUUUUACAUUGGUUUCUUUGAAGUUAUUUCUGUAUACCUUGGAUCCACAUAAAUAUAUGAACCUAAAGAUGUAUGAAUUCAAGCUUAUAGCUGCAUAUUUCUUUAGAAUUUCUUUUUCUUAUACACUGUGUACAUGAAGUCACAUCAGGCAGAUAUUUUUUCUAUAUUCUUUUCAGAGAAAAUCUGUUAUAUAACUGUCUAUUAAGAAGUUGAUUUUUUUCAAUGUAAACAAACUGUUUAAUUAAUGUUUUUUCUGCAUCAACCUUUUGCAUUUGUCUUGAAGUGGACACGAUUUUUUAACGAUGUUAACUUCGUUGUCUUAGUUGAAAAAUCAUGUGAAUCAUUCUUCUCUCAGCUAGUCCAACCUUCACUUCUGGACUUGACAAGGCUUUUAGUGAUUAGCUGCCAUCGCUCUUUGAGUCUUUUUAUUGCAGUCAAUGAAUGCAUUGAUUUUAUUAAAUGCAGACAACUGCAGUAUUUUGUGGUAUAUUCUCUACUCGUAAAUAAAUGGUCAACAAGUAAUAAAAGUCCACUGAAGCAGAUAAAGGAUGGACAUUGUGUACUAAGAAUUUAAAUAGCUGUACAUAGUUUUAAGCUGUUUUGUUUAUACUUUGCUAAUUAAGCAUGAAGAAUUGUCUAAUAAUAUUCUACAAUUAUAAUUAAGAUAUGGAGAUGUUAUAACUGAUAGUUUAGAGUUUUUCAAUUUUUUCCCCCAAAACUUGUGAAUUCAGAUGCAAUCUUUUUCAUUGAAAUCUUGACUAAGCAGAUAUGCUGAUGUUUGAAUAUUAUUUUUUCUGAAUAUUUUCUUUUACAAGGACUGAAAUCAACAUGCAGGUUACAUGAAUUGGGAUGUGAAUUUUUUUGGUGACUUUUUACAUACAGGUAACUGCGAAAAAUUGGGGAUUGAAAAUGUCUGAAAUAAAAAAACAAUUUUCAUGAGGGCCAAAGAUGUUUUGCUGGAGAAAAAUCUACCGUAGUCUUAAUUCCCCAAUGCUGUUGUUCCAUCUUUGUUGCAAGAAUAAAAGGCAGGUUUUUCUUUCUGUAUACAUGUAUGUAGACUGUUUGAAUAAUGAUUAUUCUGCAGGUGAUGAUAAUGUAUUACAUCUACCAGCAUAUCUCUCCUGGUAUAUGAACACAGUGUAAAGGAUUUAAGUAAGCUUCAUGUAUUUAUACGUUUUUGAAGGUUUUGAAAAUGGUAGAAAAGUGUACUAUGGAUAGUUCUUUAAUUUUUCAGCUGUGAAUAAACUUGCCAACAGUGCCUGUAAAAAUCGAACGCCAUAUCUUCUUUAAAAUAUUAUAUGGCCUUCUUUACUGAUGGCGUAAUAUUAGUCAUCUUGUCAAUUUAUCACACCAAGCAAUCAUGGAUCUUUUAUUGAGAAAUUUGUGUUUGUCAAUGUUCAGUGACUUUAAAGCUUUGAAUCAUUUUUCCUCACUAACUCAAUAAAAAUUGAAUUAUUACUUGCAUUCUUUUAAAGUUAAAAUGCUUUCAAUGUACAUGUACUACAGUAAUUAUAUAAACAUUAAUUUUCCAUGAUAUAAUUUGAGGUAAAAUUAGACUCUAUAUUUCAACAGUUUCAAGAUAUUCUUGACCUGAUAAAUCUUUAUGGUAAUAUGAAAUUCUUGUAGCCCAUCAGAAAGAUGUUUUGAAGUCUUGCACUGAAUUCUUGUUAAUGGGAAUGCCUGCUUUGUCAAAUAGAGGACAAGUGAAAUAUUCCAUGAUUUCCUAUCGCGUCGCAUCUAAUGAUCCUAAAGCCAAGACUCAUACAGACGUAAUGUUCGGUUAGUUGCAAGCUUUGUCAAAUAGCGAACAAGUGAAAUAUUCCAUGUAUUUCCUAUCGCGUUGCAUUUAGCCAGGUCUUAUACAGAUGUAUUGUUUGGUUAGUGUCUGACAGGCUUCGUCAAAUAGCAAACAAGUAAAACAUUCUAUUUUGUUGCUUCUAUGGCCAUGUCUUUACAAUUUCCAGUAUUUACAAGAUCUUAUAGAUGUAAUUUUUGUGAUGCUGUUAAAAUGCAGUAAAAAUGGUAAAGAGAUUUCUCAAAAUGUGUAAUAUACUUUUAUACAUAUGUGAAUGAGUAAAGAUUAAUAAUGUCCAAAGUCCACUGAAUAAUGGGACAUGUAAUUGUAUUUGAAAAAUAUGAUGUUGUUAACAAUUUUAAAUGACAUUGGAAUGAUAAGAUUACCCUAAGUUUUACACCUAUUUUUUCCCUCUUUUUAACUGACAAGGUACAAUGUUGGUGUUUUGGACAGGAAACUUUCUAAUUUUAAGAUUUUUGAAGAAAAAUUUGUACAACAUGUUGAGCAUUCAGUCAGAAUGAUGUCAUUUGGGAAAACAAAAUUCCAAAUGGAGAACUACAUAUGUACAGCACAGUUAUUUGAACUGUAUACAUACAUGUACUUGUAUGUUAUGUGAGUUUUGACAAUUCAGUUUUGGAUAAAAAUGAUGCUAAUUGAUCCUGUUUAAUUUGACUUUGUGUAAAUUUUAAAGCAACACUGUAAAAUUUGAACACAUGCCGUCAGAUUGACAUGUAAGAUACACUGACAAUAAUUUUUGUAAUUCUUUCUGGGUUAAUCCCAAUUUUGAUCUCUGCAGUGUAAAGGAGAUCAGGUUUGAUUUUGUUUAUAUUGUCUUGUUUUAGCCUGAGCUAAAAAGUAUUCUGGAGAGUCUACACAAUGUAUUUGUUAUAAUUAGUUUUCAUUCAUGAUUAUCACUGAAUAAAACAAUAUUCUUGCAA